AGUCUAUUAUCAAUACAACUAAAGAACUUUCAUUGGGUUCCUCCUAUAAUUUGUCUAAAGAAGAUGAUAAAAUGGUUAAUAGCUAUUUAGACUUAAUUUAUGGGCUCUUGAUAUCAGAUAAUAACUUGGAAAAUAUUGAAGAUAAUAGUGAUGAUUCAAGUUCUACAAGUGACAAUGAUAAUAUUCUAACUGCAGGAAAUUGA